AGGUGGCGCAAAGGAAUAGGUAUGACGAAAAUAAGUAAAAACCCGUUUAUUUAUUUACAUCCCAAACGAAUAGCCUCGAAAGCAACUACGUGGACAUUUAAAGAAGAAACAGUCAGAUGUUUAUAAAAGCGUGACAUUGCGUGAACGCUCAUUGAAACUCUAUAAUUAUCUAAUGAAUGUGACGUUUGGCAGUUGGAACUGAAAUACUGUAAUGAGCAGGAGUUUUUGCUGAUUAAAGAGACGGACCUCGGUCCUGCAGUUUAUUCUGAUGUACCGCGCGAUCUCAUGAGUUCUGUCUCAUUCUUGGAUCUGAAUUGCACAGAUUCUUUUUUUGAAAAAUGGAGUUUUCAGAGAGGAGACGGAGCAGGAAAUCGCAAAGCUUUAAACUGGUUAAUGAGGAAGAUUUCGAAGCUGAAUAUUUUGGCAGCGCAGAAACAGCUGAUGUCAAUGGAGAAGUGAAAAGCGUAACCAUGCCUGAAGCUUGGCUAGGUGACGAGGGCGUGGAGAUCAAGAGGCAGAUCACCGGCAUGAUGAGGCUGCUGAACGACAAGGCGGGCCGCAUGUACCAGCGGGUGGGCCGGGAGGGGGAGAGCCUGAAGCAGGAGCCCCGGGACCCGGAGCUGGGCUGGAGCCGCCCGCCGCCUGCCUGUCCCCCUGUCCCCCCCGCCGCCACCGGCCCGGCGCAGGAGGAGCCGCAGCCCGGCGACUGGAGCCCCGAGGCCCCCUUCAGGGCGCAGGUCUCCGGCCAGUACGGCACCCGCUCCAAGACCCUGCGCAUGCUCGGCACGGCCAAGGGCGUGGCCAAGGUCAACGACGCCGUCCCGCCCCUGACCAGCGCGGUGGAGCCCAGCUGCUGCAUGUGCAACUGCAAGACCACCCUGCAGGCCAUCCUGCAGGAGCUGCGCACCAUGAGGAAGCUAAUGCAGACGCAGAAAGGGCCUCAGGAGAAGCAGCGGAUCCAGGGCUCCGUCAGCCCCGCCCGUCCCCCCGGCCCGAGGAAGAGGCCCCGCAAGAGGAGGCCUGUCCACAGGGUGGCGCCGCCGCCGCCCGCCGCCCCCGCCUGCAAGAGAUCCCCGCCACCGCCGGCCGCCGGCGCGACCCCCGAGCCCUGCGGGAGGAGGGAGAGGGGCGCCCGGGAGAGGCCCGCCCCCGCCCAGCCGGACACGCCCACCCAGCCCGCCCCCACCGACCCUCCGGCCCCGCCCCCUCCGGCCGACGCCCCCCUCGCGCACUACGGCCUGGUCAGGGAGCCGCUCUCGGCAGAGCCGGAGGUCCAGCUGGCAGAGGACUAUGACGUGUACAUUCCUAAGUCCCAGCUGGACUCCAUCCUGGUCAAUUACACGCGCUCCGGCAGCCUGCUGUUCCGGAAGCUGGUGUGCGCCUUCUUCGAUGACACCACGCUGGCCAACUCCCUCCCCAACGGCAAGCGGAAGAGGGGGCUCAACGACAACAGGAAGGGGCUCGACCAGAACAUCGUGGGAGCCAUAAGGGCCUUCACGGAGAAGUACUGCACCGCCAACAGAAUCGAGCGGCUCCCGGGACCCCGAGACUGGGUGCAGAUCCUGCAGGAUCAGAUCAAGCUGGCCAGGAGACGGUUAAAAAGAGCAGAGGCUGCGGACUGCGAUGAGACUUUCAGCAGACCCUCCGUUAAAACAGAAGAAUUCCACUGUUCCGAAGAUGGAAGGGAAAGGGCGUUGCCUCCAACAGGCGGCGACUUCGAGAAGCCGGCGGAAGACUGCCACGUUACCACCGAGGAGGACGCCUUGGCCUAGGCCGCGGUUCCCCUCCCGGAUGACCGGAGCUGCACGAUGGCGACACUGGCGGUAUCGCGGUAUCGCGCCCCUCACUUUUAACUGUGUGCCACUUCCAAAGUCCAUUCCGGAGAGCUUGUACUGUAGUUAUUUUACUGUGAGACUUGAUUCAUUUGUCAUUGUUGCUGAGAAGGCCAUUGCUAAAGUAUGAGGUAAGUCUAAUUUGCUUUUUUGCGGUGUUCUGCAACAUGAUGUGACUGUUUUGUCAAACGGAGACCCUUUGGACUGUGUAGCUAUGGAGAGCCUCGCUCUCUCUGGGGACCUCCCACGCAGUCCUUGGAACAAGGAAGUUAACGUCUGCAUUUGAAAUGCGUUAAUCACACUCCAGACUGUAGACUUCUUAACGCAGGUAUUAUUGAGAGCGAGAUCCGUGAGGCAAUCCAGAUAUCCUCAGUGUGUGUGUCCAGAGGUCAUCUUGUGUUACCGGUUGACGUUCCACGAUCUACAAUGUCCCCAUUAUGCCUAUCCGUUCAAUGUGUGUGUGUGUGUGUGUGUGCUGUAUUUUCUUUCCGGACUGAGUUCUGCAGUGCUGCUUGUUUGUCUGGUUAUACUGUUGUUUUCACACAAUAAUCACAUCUUACAGGAAGUCAUAGCUGAUGAUUGUCUGCGCUCGUGAGAAUGAAUUUGCCACGGGAGCGGGGAAUAUUUACUGAUCUUGACGUUAUUCGGUGGCUCAUCUUCCCCAAUGACUGAUAUCAGCCCAUACACACACACACACACAAAAAUAGUCAAAUCUGUGAAAUUGUCCUACUCAUAAUCGUUUCCUUGUGAAUGCAAGUGCUUGUUCGUCACUGCUGGCUGAACGCAAUGGAAGCUUUCUUUUAAUUGACUGUAACCGAGGGGCUGUUAUUAAGUCUCCACGUUUGAUGGUACGAUAUUCAGUUCCACGCAAUUCAAAUUGAAUGUCAUCGCUCUGCCAGAGCUAACAAAUGCUGAGGCGUCACCUUUGUUCUAGUCAACCGCUCUGAUCUUUUUAUGGAAAAACAGCUUAUUCAAUUAGGAACAAUACUAGAAAUUGGCUUUCUGCAAUCUACAGUAAUUGCUCGCUAAAAACCUCAAGAGAAUGAUAAUGAAAGAGAAUUGUGACAGAAAUGAAAAAUUUUACGUAGUGAAAAGAUGUCUUUAAAAAAAAAAAACACAAAUUAAUGCACAAGUAGUGAUUUUAUGUGACCAUUUCUUAAUCACUCCUUGCCUUUCAUAGUGUGAGUAAUUAUAAUUUUAAUAUGUAAAUAAAGUUUAUAUCUUUAAAGAAAUAUUUAGUAUUGUUAAGAUGUAAUGUUAGCAAUAUUGUAUUUCAAUUAGAUGCUUUAUUAUACAACAGUGUGUCAACAACAACAAAGCCCAUGCAGGAUACACGUCUGAGCACUUUAAUUUUAUUUCGGUUGCUUGGGUUAGUGAAUAAACCCAAUCGGUUUAUAUAUGAACUAAUGGCUUCCGCUAAUGUACACGUUGAAGUUCUAGAAGUUAUUGUGUAGGAACAACAGAGAUGUGGACAUAAUGUAAAAUUGUACAGGCGUUCACUUGGUGUUUAUGGACUUGUUUACAAUUUGUAUGUGAAAUAUAGGCUACAGUAUUUACCGUGAUCCCGACUGCUGUGUUUUCUAUGGUGUGUACAAGGCCAAAAAUCUGUAAUUGGUUCUUUUGUCUUAAUAUAUGUAAAGUAUAAGUAGCCUUACAAUAUUGACAUCGAUUGCCCCUCGACGAGAGCAUCAGUAUUCCUGACAGAAUAAAGCAUUGUCUCAUA